AUGCAGCAAGCUCAGAAGCAGCAGCUCCCCGCCAGCCUCCAGAAGAUUGUUGGCGCGUUCCAGAUUGUCCCGGACCCCAUGGCGCGAUACAAGCAGCUGCUCUUCUACGCAGCCAAGCUGCCCAAGAUGGCGGCCGAGGACCAUGUGCCGGAGAACAAGGUCGAGGGCUGCGUCUCGCAGGUGUGGGUCAAGCCGGAGCUGCGGGACGACGGCCGCGUGUACUGGACCGCCGACAGCGACUCACAGCUGACCAAGGGCCUGGCGGCGCUGCUGGUGCUGGGCCUCAGCGGUUGCACGCCACAGGAAGUCCUCACAGUGCAGCCAUCCUUCAUCGAGAUGCUGGGCCUGAAGCAGAGCCUCACUCCCAGCCGCAACAACGGCUUCCUCAACAUGCUGUUGAAGAUGCAGCGGCUGACGCUAGAGCUGGUCGCGGCAUCCGAAGCCUGA